CGGCUGCCACAUUUGACAUAUUGAAAACGAAAGAAAAAUCAACAACAAUAGUGCACUGGUCCUCUCAAAUCGCGAAGUAAUCUGUAAAUCCUACAGGCUGCAUCAUGUCGCUGGGACCGUUCUUCCGUUCGCCGUUUACCGAUUUGACCGCAUCGAUGGUAAACUUCCAGCAGUACCACAAGUGUGGUGAGCUGGAGAUGGCUUCGAUCGAUUGCCUGGAAGCGUACGGUACUGUGCGAGGUGCGAAAAAGUGUGCCGAUCUGCUGGCCGAUUUUCAGGAGUGCGCGUUUAUGACGAAACAGAUUGCACGAUUCCGGGCCAUGCGCAUGGAAAGACAUCGUCAGGGAUGGAAUGGAGAACGCAAGGGUGACGAAUAUUACGCUCCACCACCACGUGUUGAUGCUUUCUAGAACGUCAUUUGGAGAUGUUGCGAACCCCCCGCAAGAUAGAGGAAUCCGUAUAUUCCUUGUAAAUUACUAUUGAAAUACAUUCAUCCGCUAUAUAGACGA